AUGCUUGUUACGGGGCGAAUCCUGCCUUUGGUAAAGUUUGCGCAGCUUCUCUGGUUUCUGUUUGCUUUGCUUUCGACUCUACUGGCUUUGAGCUCCGCAGGCACUUCGAGACAUGGUCCUCCAUCGGUGGAAUAUUCGGCAGGCCAGAGUGAUCCGAGUGGCACCGUCCGGGUCCGCUUCAAGGCUCCAACGCGUCAAGACAGUCGGACGGAGUCCUUCGAGGAUCGUCACCACUGGAAACAAGCAGCAGCAGCGGCGGCAUUACUCCUGCAGCAGGAGCGACGAGCCUUUCAGAUACGACUGCGUCCUCGCACACGGCGAUGGGCUGUGGGAUUCACGUAG